CUGUCGGCUCUUGUACUACGUGUCUGGCUGGUGAGCAGACGCAGAGCAGAUAUCAUGGAUCAGGUAAUACAGUUCGUUGAGCCAAGUCGGCAGUUUGUGAAAGACUCAAUUCGGCUGGUUAAAAGAUGCACCAAACCUGAUAGAAAAGAAUUCCAGAAGAUUGCUAUGGCAACAGCAAUAGGAUUCGCUAUAAUAGCAUUCAUUGGCUUUUUUGUGAAACUGAUCCAUAUUCCUAUUAAUAACAUCAUUGUUGGUGGCUGAAUAGCUUUUUAGAAAAGUAGUUUUCAUCUUGGGGAUUGGUAACAAGUGAGGAUUUGAGAAGCUGAUGGAGCAGAAAUUUGUCUGUGUGUUUUAUGUUUUUCUUUCAUUUCUUCCACGUCCU